AAUUGUCAUUUAUUGUCACUUAAAAACAAACUUUUAAUCCUAAAUGACGGGACCAUUCUAAAAAAGGGUAGACGGAAAUUCAGGGUCAAAGUUCAACCGCACGGCGGGAUUUGAGAUGUUUAUUUUUCGGAGAAGUGAAAUCCAACUUUAGUUUAGUUCCCGUUUUUGCCUGUAACAAAUCAAACAUUCUUCAGUUUGCUGUUGACAAAAUUUCCUCAAAAUGCCUGUCAUCAAGUUGCAGCAUGUUGUGUCAUGCAGUAGCGAAGAUACGACCCACAAGGCGGACAACCUGUUGAAGCCAGAAAGCUACCGCAAAUGGAAAUGCGCUGAGAAUGCCGAAAGACACACAUCAGUAAUCCUGCAGUUUGAGAAAGCCUCACAGAUCCAUUCCAUCGAUGUUGGCAAUGAGAGCUCGGCAUUCGUGGAGAUCUUGGUCGGUCAUUCUACCUCCACUGCUUUGGAUGACUAUCAGGUGGUCCUUGUGACGUCGUCGUUCAUGAGUCCCAUGGACAGCAAGAAUGGCAUUAACACCAACCGCGUCCGCAUGUUCGGGCCGGACAAGCUGUCCAAAGCUGUCGCGGACAAGAAGUGGGACCGGGCCAAAAUAGUCUGCUCCCAACCCUUCAACAAGUUUCUGUCAUACGGCCUGUCUUUCGUCAAGUUUCACGCGCCACCGACGGAGGAAGAAACAUCAUCUGGACAGCACGGCCAACAAUCUCAGCAGACUACCUCCAAACUGGGCAUGUUCAAAUUGAAGGAAGACACCAAAGCAUCCUCCAUCUCCCCGGGGAGUUUCUUCAAAAGCAGGAGCUCCAUAAAGGCAGACCCAGCGCCUCUAACAGGUGCUGCAGCAGUCCGUGCAGCAGCGACGGUAGCAGCGGCAUCUCUGACGAGCUCAGUCACAACAUCACAGGCGACUACCGCUUCAACGGCAUCUAACCAGACCCAGCCAAGAGCACCCAAGACAACCCCCUCCACCACCACACCCAGACAGAGUGACACCAGGAGUGACACACCCCAGAAGACAACCCAGAAGAGGAGACUGUCAGAUGAGGACGCGGCGCCCUCCAAACGGGCCGACAGUAAGGUAGCGGCUGGAAGGAGAAACGACGCAGACAAAGAGGAGGGGAGGAGUAAAGCCCCGCCCCCAAAGAAGAGUAGAGAGGAAGCGCCAAGGAAGCCGAAGUCCAAGCCCUUUGAGAGGCUGAUGGAGGGGGUGACGUUCGUCUUGAGUGGUUUCCAGAAUCCUCUCAGGGGCGACCUUAGGGAGAAGGCCAUGGAGAUGGGAGCCAAGUACCGGCCAGACUGGGGGCCUGGAUGCACGCAUCUCAUCUGUGCCUUUGCUAAUACACCAAAGUUCAACCAGGUCAAGAACAAGGGCAAGAUAGUCACCAAGGGCUGGAUUCUGGAUUCCUACAAGAAGAAGUCUCUACACCCAUGGAGGAGGUAUAGUAUGGUGACAGAGAGUGACGACGACGACUCUAGCUACGAGGAGGAGAGCGAAACGGAUGAAGAGGACGACUGGGAACCACCCAGGAGGAAGAAACCAUCGCCUCAGAAAGCCACGCCCAGCAAAGCCAUGCCGAAGAAUGCCACACCCAAAAAGGCCACACCCAAGAAAGCUACUCCAAAAGAUGCAGGGGAUGGGAAUAAUAGUGACCAGGGAACGUCAGAGGCUGCUCAAACAACAAAACCCUCCAAGCCCGACGUCAAGGGAGACGACGAUUGCAGCACGACAGACAUUGACAGCGACACUGAGAAUGUAGUGAGGAGGGCUGCUGCAUCCAAGCGGCAUGACGACGUGUCGUCUGGAGGCGACACAGAGGAUGAACUGAGGAGGAUACGAGAAAAAGGAGCCACUAAUGCCAAGGCAGCCGCCAAAGACAACUACGACAGCUCGACGGACGAAGAGACAUAUAUCCCAACGUCGAGCAAGCCAGAGGGCGCUACACCUUCCUUAAACGACAUCCCUGACUUGCCAGAUUUCUUUGCCGACAAGAUUUUCUUUCUGUACGGCAAAUUUGAUGCGGAGGAAAGGAGGCAGAUCAGCAGACUGAUCGUUACUUUUGAAGGGACUUUGGAGGACUACAUGACCGAUGAGGUGUCUUACGUGAUAACCAACUCACAGUGGGAUGCAAACUUUGACAAGGCUUUGUCAGAUCACCCCGGGUUGUCGUUUGUCCGUCCCAAAUGGAUCUACGUCUGCUCUGAGAAAUCCAAGAUGGUGCCUUACCAACCCUACAUAGUGGUGCCGAGUUGAAAAAAGGAAGAUUUGAUAACAAAAAGUUUAAUAAUCAGUUUUGUACUGAAAUAGUUUUAACAAGGUCAGCGCGCCCUCAAUUGACAUAUUUUUUUGGAAGGGGGUUCAUUAUACAGUCAGGUUUCGAAAAACAGAUACAAUAAUGAGUAUUUUCAUAGAGAUAAUGUUGUACUAUUUUAUAACAUUCAAAGUCUGAAAGAAACAUUUCAGAGGGUUUUCCUUUUUUUCUGUGCCAACCGUGACCUUAGAGGAUAAUGAUAUCGGAGCAUAUACAUGUACAUCAUAUGGGACCUGCUUACCAUAACCAAGCCUCUUUAUUAGACCAUUGCAUUUUGUGCUUGUGUACACUCCUUAAGCCCGUUUAAUACUUCAUGCGAAUGCGAAAGUAAAGCGAAUUUGACGUCACAAAGUAUUCGCUGCGAAAUUCGUCGGAGGUGAAAUAUGUUCAACUUUUACAAAUUCGCAGCGCGAAUACUCCUCAUGAUGUCACAAGUUCGUGUUCGAUUUUGCUUUCGCGCCGAGUAUGAACCGGGCUUUAGGCCUUUUACAAAAAACGUGACACACAGACAUCAGACACACAGACAACAGACAGACAGCUUAGGAUCUUUUGAUAUAGGAUAGGAUGCAAACUCGCAAGCUGCAGUUUAGAAGGGCCCAAGUAAUAUGGGGGCAGUUGAUGAGUGCAGCUGUAAGAAUAAUUUCACGAGAUGACGGAUGGAAUUGUUCCAUUCCACGAGGUGAAGCCGAGUGGAAUGGAACAUUCCAUCUGUCACCGAAUCAAAUUACUCGCGAAUGUCAAACAUUCCGUUUUUUAAAUUCAAACAGCAGCUGAAUAAAUCCUGGUACUUGACCUGAUUGGUAACUUGUAAACUGGUACAUGGGCGUCGCCAGGAUUUUUUCUAGAGGGGGGCCAAAAUUUGUUUUGCCAAAAAAUGCUUGUAUUUC